CCUCUCUACACCGCGCAGCUAAACUUUGUUGGAGAAACCCUAAUCGGCGACAAUGGGUAUUUCUCGUGACUCCAUCCACAAGAGGCGUGCCACUGGAGGCAAGCAGAAGCAAUGGAGGAAGAAGCGAAAGUACGAGAUGGGAAGGCAGCCAGCCAACACCAAGCUCUCAAGCAACAAGACGGUCAGAAGAAUCAGAGUUCGUGGUGGAAAUGUUAAGUGGCGUGCGUUGAGGCUCGAUACUGGUAACUACUCUUGGGGAAGUGAAGCUGUUACCCGCAAGACCAGGGUCCUUGAUGUCGUCUACAAUGCCUCCAACAAUGAGCUUGUCCGUACUAAGACACUUGUCAAGAGUGCUAUUGUUCAGGUUGAUGCUGCUCCUUUCAAGCAGUGGUACCUCUCGCACUAUGGUGUUGAAGUUGGCCGCAAGAAGAAGAAUGCUUCUUCCACCAAGAAGGACGCAGAGGAAGGUGAAGAGGUAGCCGCUGUUGAGGAGACCAAGAAGAGCAACCACCUCUCGAGAAAGAUUGAGAGCCGUCAAGAGGGUCGCAGUCUUGAUUCACACAUUGAGGACCAAUUCGCAAGUGGACGUUUGUUGGCUUGUAUCUCUUCAAGGCCUGGCCAGUGCGGACGUGCUGAUGGAUACAUCUUGGAAGGUAAAGAGUUGGAGUUCUACAUGAAGAAGAUCCAGAAGAAGAAGGGCAAGGGUGCCGCUUAGAUUCUCUUCUUGUCUUACAACAUGUUUUGAGUUUUCAGUUUCAGUUGUCUGAGAAACUAUGUUUUUGGAUUAGCUUGUGGUAUUUCCAUGAACUCCCAUCAGUUAUUAUUAUGGUACAAUGUUUUUGUCUCGGAUCUUUGUUUUAAUUUUAAUCGAUAAUAUCAAUGAAUUCGGUCACUAGUU